UUAUGAUGACACCGGUGUGUCUUGUAAAAUCGGUUUUAAUUUGAACGAACUGUUCAUAUUUUGCUUUUAACUUAGAUCUAGUGUGUAAGUGUUUACUAGAAUUACGAUGGUGCAAGAAUACCAGUCGCCGGUUAGGGUUUACAAGUACCCUUUCGAGAUUGUUAUGGCGGCAUACGAAAAGCGCUUCCCUACUUGUCAUAUGAUUCCCGUGUUUCUUGGCAGCGAAAUUUUGUCUGAAUACAAGAGCGAAGAUGGCGCGAUACACAACAUCGAGAGGAGGUGUAAACUGGAUGUAGACGCGCCGUAUUUGUUAAAGAAAAUCAUUGGCGUUGAAUAUGUCUAUUUCAAUCAAACCAACUGCCUGGACAGGCGAGAAAGAACUCUAACCAUCACUGCUCACAACGAGAGCUUUUCAUCUCGUGUUGGUGUCACAGAACACUGUUAUUAUUCGGUUCACCCAGAUAAUCCUGACUGGACUUGUUUUGAGCAGGAUGCAACUUUGGACAUCAAGUCAUUCUUUGGUUUUGAGGCAGCUAUAGAGAAGCUAGCAAUUAAGUUGUAUCUUCAGAAUAUCAAAAAGGGUAAAGAAGUGAUCCAAUACUACAUUGAUGAGUUGAUAAGUGAAGGGGUAACAUACCUAGCUCCAUUUGAGAAUUCCCAUGGACGGUCCAGGACAAAGAGUGCAGAAGCAGUGAGCAGUGCAGACCAAAUUGAGGAGGAUGGCACUGACGCUCUUCCUAUUGCUAGUUCUGCAAUAGAAGCUGCCGAUACAUUACCACUUGCCUCUAGACCAGAUUACAAGCUUGAUGAUGACUACAUCCAGAGGUUCCUUGGGAAACUGAGCCCAAAAGAAGAGAAUCAACUCAUUAAGCUGCGCAAGAAACUAAGUUCUACUCAUCAAGGAAAGAUGCCAAAUGACGCUCAUCUUUUAAGAUUUCUCAGAGCACGAGACUUCAAUUUAGACAAGGUGUAUGAAAUGCUGUGUGAGUCUCUAGCAUGGCGACGACAUCACAAUAUAGAUAAUAUAAGAGAAAUUUGGCACCCUCCCGGACCUCUUUUAAACUACUACUGUGGUGGCUGGCAUAACACAGAUAAAGAGGGCCGACCAUUGUAUAUACUCAGGCUGGGAUCCAUGGAUGUUAAAGGGCUGCUGAAGGCUGUGGGGGAGGAUGGCUUUUUAAAGCAUGUUGUGUCAAUCAAUGAAGAAGGACUUAAAAUGACAGAGGAACUGACCAAAAAGACAGGACAUCCAAUCAGCUCAUGGACGUGUCUUUGUGAUCUGGAGGGCUUGAGCAUGAGACAUCUGUGGAGACCUGGCAUCAAAGCCUUGUUAAAGGUGAUUGAAGUUGUUGAAUGUAACUACCCUGAAACAAUGGGUCGGCUACUGAUUGUACGUGCACCCAGGAUCUUUGGUGUUCUAUGGACACUGGUUAGUCCUUUCAUUGACGAAAACACAAGGAACAAGUUUCUCAUUUAUGGUGGGAAUGAUUAUCAGGAUCCUGGUGGUCUGACUGAUUACAUUGAUGCAGAAUACAUUCCAGACUUCCUUGGUGGUCCAUAUGAGUGCCAAAUCAAGGAUGGAGGACUUGUGCCCAAAUCUCUGUAUCGAUCACUGGAAUUUAGUGAAGGGGAAGAAUCCUGGAGCAGUGAAAUCUACCAAACAGCCCAUGUUAGUAAAGGAUCACCCCUUGAGGUCUUGGUGACAAUCAAGGAAUCACAGUCUGUCAUUACAUGGGAUUUUGAUGUCAUGAAAGGAGAUGUUCAAUACACAGUUUUCCGACACAAGCGUCCUCGUGAAGCAGUCAGCAGCACUAGUUUGUCAAGUUUUGGAAGUGAUGUAUCGCUAAAUCAGUCUGGAGUCAUUGCAGGUGUGGAUGCUGUGGUGGUUGAAAAGCCAAGGCACUGCUUUGAUGGCGAAUCCAUACAGGGGACCCACGUUUGUUCCAUUCCUGGUGUGUAUGUUCUACAGUGGAAAUACAAAUCAGGAGCUCCAACAGGUCAAGCUCAUGGCCGGCACACCAGAGCUAAGGUCAUGUAUUAUCAUGAAGUGCUUCCCUCAGGGGAUUUUAGGGGAUCAUUAUCAAGUCUGGAGUCAUGCCACAGUGGUUUCUCUCAGCUUAGUGUAUCAACCUCUGCAAGUCACUCUUCUGGAGCAAGCAGUUCUUCCCACCCAUCCAGAUAGCAACGACAGUUAAGAGGGGCUCAAUCACCAAGUACACCCAAAUCACAUGUCAGGCAAGAAAGCACCAAGGGAUUACAACAAGACCUAUGAUGAAAGGCCCUGUGGUUCCUCCUGGUGAAGCUACCAAGAGUAUCAUUCUUAAAAUUGCCAUUUUCCAAGGAUUUGUGCAUAAUCCUCCCAUCUCCAAGUCAGUGUUGGUGUAAACAGUAGAAAGUAGCAUUCAUGCAACUCCACCUGAAAUUGUCACACAAUUAAAAUCUGCUGUCUCAAGUACUUUUGCAAUUUACUGUACCCAAAUUCACCAUUAGCUUAUCAGAAGCCGUGCAUAUUGUCAUGAUAUCCUGCAAUAACAGGUCACUGACCUAAUAUGGCUAUGAUAUCAUGGUUAGUUUGCGAAAUUUGGGUACACAAAUAACUGAUCGUAUCUUUUUUGUACACUUUGGUGCCAUACAUGUAUCAGGCUCGUUUGGUUAUUUUUGUUUGAUUACAUCUCACCAAAAUACAAACCACGACUCAAACAAAUCUGCCUGAUGUGCUGCGGAAGUGUACCAGAAAGGAACGAUUAGAUAUAAGGAUAAUAUUAUUACAGUUUAUGGUUCACAUGCAAGGAUAAUACCUAGAAUGAUGAACAAGAAAUUUGAAUAUUGCACCAGGUGUGACCUGGUUGCAGUGUAAAGAUUCAAGUUCUUCCAAAACUCAGCAAAGCAGCAACUCACAUUGCUUCACUGUUUUCCUUUUCCAUUUGGUUUGGCAGAAACCAACAGUUUGAUUGCAUUGAAUGUAAAUCAUUUGUAAAAACAAACAUCUUCAGUCUUUGUUUAGUUGCAUAUGAAGUAGGUACCUAAAGCUUCAUGUGAUCAUUCACUUUUGUGAAGACUGUGUUAUGUGCAUGAUUUGCCUUGUUUUGAGUUCUGACAGAGCAUUGAAUUCCUGACAAAAUAUUUAUAAUUAUUUUAAAGCUCAAGAGAGUCGAGAUGCUUCAUUCCUGAAAAUGACUGGAGUAACCUGGGAUCAGGCGUUCUUUUGAAAAAAAGAAUGCCUGAUCGCAGGUUGGGACAUGAGCUAUUCUCACUUUUUUAUCUGCUACAAAAUUUAUUUGGCUUGUUCAAAUGAUGGAAACACCAUACCCUGUAUUUUGUUUUGUCUGCCGGCAGGCAAAAAUGAUUUGUCAAUCAUCCUAUUGUUUGUUGUUGAAAUUAUUUUGACAUACUGUUGAAUAGGGAGUCUGCUUCCUGGUGCUAAUUUUGUCAGUGUUUUUUCAUAGCAGGUAGAGAAAUAAUAGAGCAGCUAGAAAUACUAGACUUAACUUUGAACAUGUACAUAUAAGAAUUUGAAAUUUGCAGUCAUUUGUUUCCUUGUACCUCCAGUUCUUCCAGUACUUUAAGAACUGUAAUCUUAAAAUUUCCCAUGUCUUGUUUCUGUACUUUCUGCUAUUCUCUUGAAUGAUAUAUUUUUUAAUAUUUUGGGACCUGAAUGUUUUUAUUAAUAAUAAUUAUUAGUAAUUCGCACACACACUAAAGAAAGAGGUGAGCCCCUCAAUUAACAAUUCACCAAGUAGAAAAUUUCUACAUGGAAUUACCCUUUUUGAGUUGCCAUUUAAUGACAAUUCUUUAAGGAAAAUAGUAAAAAAAUCCUGUAUGAGGAUUGAGAUUAUCAACUGUAUGAACAACAGGCAGCUUGGUUGGGCUUGUUCCCCUGAGAUUGCUCAAGGUGCUUGACUUAACAAUGUUAUCCAGAAUUCUGGAUUCAUGCUCUUGUACUGUUCUCACUAGUUGUAUUUUAGCCUGUAUGUACAGGUUUGAUUUUGUAACCAUGUUAUUGUUAAUACCCAACUGGUAAGCCUUUAGCCAGUUCACAUUCUUAUCAUUAUUUUUGUUUCACAUUAUACAUGGCCACAGAAGCAUAUAGCUUGGAAGAUGACUAUGUUGUAAUAAAUGUUUCGAGUAUGGAUUUUCACAACAACAACAACAACAUCUAAGUUAGUUUUCAAGCAGUGCUGUUCUUGGUAAUCAGUUUUGCGGAGCAAAAGAAGCAACAAACCAAAAUUAAAGAAGUAUUUUGAGAUGGUUUAGAAGCUGAUGUCAUAAAUUUUGUAAUAGCUCAACUACUUUUACUUGGAAGCUUUUGUCUUCACAUAUUUUUUACAAAGAUCUGAUUAGUUGGAACAUACAAAUGAAAUUCUAAUGAGAAAUUUCACCCCCAUCUAUUGCUGCUUUGUUUCAUUGACCACAAAAAUUUCAGAGGAAUUUCCUGUAAGAGUCGUCAACUCACUUUGCACUGUGUUUCAUGUACAUUAGAAUCAAAUGGGCCUGUGUUUUAGCUUACAAAUACUCUGAGCUGUGAAACUAUAGGUAGCAUGUAGUCUUAAUUCUAAUAGUUAAGAAACAUGCGUGUGUGACUGUGCAAAUGUUAAAAUUCCAAAACAACUUGUUAAACAAAAGAUUAAUAUUUAUAAGAACGAAAACAUGUAAAACAAAGCUUUACAAACUAAGGAGUGGUUGGGAACAAUUUGAUGACAACACUAUGGAAACUAACCAUGCAAUAAUUAUAUUUGGCUUCUUUAAAUGUAAAAGGUUGUAUAAAUAAAGCAAAUUUUCAAAUAUGGAGGAGUACCAUAAACAAUUUUUCCAAAUUUUCAGUGGCCUACAUUUUGGAAGUUUCAAUUUAUGGAUAUGCUAGGUUUUUUAUAAUAAAUUGUAAAAAAUUAAUUACAUCACCAACUCAAAUGCAGGACUCUAUUGUAAUGUGAUACCACCAUUUUAUUUAUGUAAUAAAUACUUUUUAAGAAUUUUCUUGACACUAAAAAUUGUUGAGGUUCAGAAUAUACAUAAAAUAGUAGCAAUGAUAAAAUUUAAAUAAUUAUUUAAUUAUGGGAAUUUUUGGCGAGGAAUAAUAUUAGUGUUUAGUUAUAAUGAGUCUUUUCCAUCAAUAAGUUUUAUUUCUAUAGGAAUACCCAGGUAAAUCACAGCAUGUAAUUUGAGAAAUCAAAACUUUUUGACUGGAAGUGUUAGAAAAGGCUUUUUCCUGUUAGUCAAAAAUCAGGGUUUGUAAAAUGCCUGCUUUGUUACAGUUUCUACGGUACAGUUGUAGGUAUGUUAAUGUAGUAGUUAUUCAAGAAGGAUUAACGUAACUAAAGUAAUUUGAAGAUAAGAGGGGCAUUGAAAUGUUUCAGUUAAAAUGGCUGAAGUGUUCCACUUAUUUUGAGGUUACUUGUUGUCUAUAAGUUAGAUUAAAUUUUCAAGUGUUGUAGAAUAACUUGGCCAUUAUGAUGCUACAGGUUAUUUAUAUUAUUCAAAAUUGAUCAAUUCUGUAAAUCUUAAUUCUGACAAAUAAAUUUGAAAUAAAAUGUAGUAAUGUUUUUCCA